AAGAUACAGACAGCUACAGAUAUUAAUAAUGACGAAGACAGAGCCAUGUGGGAUUUGGCGUCUGGUCAUGACAAAGUGGACAAACCUACUGCACCUGUUAUACAGCUUGAUAUGUCUGAAUCAGAUGAAUGUUUUUCGAGAAGAUAUGAAGUCAUAUCUGACUACCAUGAUGAAUUUAAUGAUAUUGACCUGCAGAAAGGGGAGAUAAUUGAGGUGUUGGACAGAUCUAAAGAAUCUCAUUGGUUGGUCAAAUCCAUGCAAGAACAAACAAAGGUAUGUUAUGCUCCUCCCUACUUGUUGGUUGUCACAGAUGUUGACAAUGUUGGGAACAUACCUGGAUGGAAUCAAGGUCAAGGGAAAAAUUCUGUGUCUAAGGAAGAAAUACAAACUAAAACAAAAAAAAUUUUGACUGAUUUAUUGGAAUCAGAAACAGACUAUAUUUGUGAUCUGAAGGAUCUUAUAGACACAUACAGUCAGUCUCUAGCGAAAGGGAAAUUUUCAGACAGGAAAAAUAUAAAGGAAGGGAAAAUCUCAAACAAAAAACCUGUGAAUGAAAGAGAAAUUGCCAUGGAAUCAACAGAACAAAAAGACAAAAUAGUUGAUCAGCUGUCAAAGCUUUACCAGUUUCAUAAGGAAACAUUGCUGCCGAGCCUUCUAAAAACACAAGAUGAUGCUGAAAGUGUUGGUGACCUAUUUACUGAAAAGCGUGGAAGUUUCUGUGAGUAUGUUCCAUUUGUUUCCGACCAUGACAAAGCAAUGAAGGAUACUGACCCAGAUCAAUUAGCAGCAUUGAUGGAGGCAUUUAGUUUGAUCUUGGGUGAUCCAGCGAAUGCAUUUGAAGAUUUGAUGAACAGACCAUUGGAAAGAAUUCAUGAAUAUAUAGAACUUCUAAAGACACUGAUUAAACUGACUGCCCAGUCUGGAGGAGAUUGUUCAGGGUUGAUGGCUGCUGUCCAGAUGUUAACGGAGAUCUGCAGAACUAUGGAAGACAUCGUCUUAUUGGAUAAAAUUGAAGGUUACCAAGGUGAUGUCAAACAACUAGGACCUGUCCUAAAACAUGAAGACUUGGUCAAUGUCAUGGAAGACAAAGAAUCUGAAUCUGAAGGUCACAGACAUGUCAUACUAUUUCCAGACAAGAUUAUGGUUACCAAGCCAAUGACCUCUGAUCCAAAAGGAAAGCUAGAAUUUGAAAAGAUUAUAGAGCUAAAAGACUUAUCUGUUGGUAAACAAGAAGAAACAGAUGGAUCAUCAUGUACUAUUGAAUUGUGGGAAGACAAAUUGUCGGAAUUAAGUGCAUCACCAUCACUGAAGCUACAAGUACAAGAUAUUCACGCAAAACAAGCUUGGCUGAGAGACAUUCGAGAGGCAAAGAAGAAACUAGAAUUACAAGAAGAAACAUUAACCAUGCCAGAAUUCAAACAGAAAUUAAAAGGGAAGAACCUAACGUCCACACCAAAAAAAUCCAAACUGGUAAAAAAUAUUGACUCAGUGGAAGUUGAAUCAGACAGAAGUUCUGAUGAUUUCAAUAUACUAGGGACCACAAGGAAGGACCUAGUUGGAGACAGAUAUGUAGCAGCUGAAUUUGAGGAUGGAACAACAAGACCUGUAUUUAAAAGGAAACUACAAAAAACUAUUGUAGAAGAAAAUUCCACAGCAAAGCUAGAAUGUGAAGUUGCUGGAAUACCACAACCAAAAGUCCUCUGGUUGAAGAAUAACAGACCAUUGUUUGAAUCAGACCAUUGUAAGGUCAUCACAGAUGGGGCCACACACAUACUCGAGUUUACCGACAUCAGAAAAGGGGACACAGGCCUAUAUACGGCCAGAGCUAUGAAUGUUAAUGGGUCCACAAUCAGCACGACAGAAUUAUAUGUAGGAGAAGUCCAACCAGCCUUGCUGAACAAAUACAAAGAAGGACUAUCAGACUCAAAGUACCAGACCCCAGCAUACUUCUUCCAGAUGAACAGUUGUCAGGUAGAAGAGGGUCGAUUGGCUCGUUUUGACUGUCGUGUGGUAGCAUACCCUAAACCUGAGAUUGUAUGGAUGAAAGAUGGAAAAGUAGUGGAGCCAAACGACAGAUACAAACUACUAAACUUCAACAAUGAAAUCUAUUCCCUUCUAAUCCAGAAUGUUGUCAAGGAGGACAUGGGAAGAUACACAUGCUGGGCUCACAACAAAUAUGGAGAGGCUAUGACAGAAGCUUAUCUCAAUGUCAUUGCUUUUCAUGAUCAGCAGGAGGAAGGUGACAUUUCACCGCAGUUCCUGACAAGAUUUUAUGACCAAACAUUGACAGAGGGCGUGCCUGCUGAAUUACAGUGCCUUAUUGAUGGCCGUCCAUUUCCAACAAUCAAAUGGCUGUUUAAUGACAUUGAAAUUAUACCAAAUGACAAUGUUCACGUUUUACAAGAGAAAAACUUGAUCGGUCUAUGUAUUAAGGAAGUGACCUCAAAUGACCUUGGUACAUACACUUGUAAUCUGAAGAAUGCCCUUGGAGAGGCCUCAUGUAGUGCUGGAUUAAAUGUUCUCAGUGAAAAGAUCAAGAAUGUACCGGUAUUGCCAAAAUUUUUAAGGAAACUAUCUGACCAAAAUGUCAGAACGGGAGAAGGUGUCACUUUUGAAGUUGUUGUGAUAGGUGAACCACCACCGAAGGUGACAUGGUUAUUUAAUCAUAAACCAAUAUCAGAAACUCGCAGAAGAUUUAAAAUUAGCCAGGACGGAGAUGUCUAUAGACUGACCAUUGAAGACUUGAUUCUAGAUGAUGAUGGUAAGAUCACAUGUAAAGCUGUGAACACUGAGGGAGAAGUCUACUCCAGUGGAAACCUCCUCGUUAGAGAGUCCAGAAGGGCAUCAGAAAAACCAGAAGAACCAAAAUUCACACAGAAAGAUUUUGAUGCCAAAUAUGGCUAUUUACCAACAUUCAUAAAGAAAAUAGAAGAUACUUCCAUUCCUACAGGAAAAGACGGAAAGUUUGAAUGUAGAGUGAUGGGAAUACCGGAACCAACAGUCACAUGGAAAAAAGACGGCAGAAAUCUGACAAAUGAUGGUCAUUACUUAAUAUCAAAAGAUGGUGGUAACUGUUACUUGACCAUCAGGGGUGCCAAAGAUCGUGACCAGGGGCUUUAUACAUGUAUCGUUGCCAAUGCUGCUGGAGAAAACACCUGUACAGCUUACAUGAAACUGACUGAAGCUUUGAAGGCAGGAGAAUACUUUGAGAGGGAGUCAUCUAUUACACCACUUAUAAGAAGAGGAACAGGUGAAGUUCCCACAAUGCCAUAUGAAAAACCAACCAUCAGUGAUAUAAGACCAGAAUCCACCAGGUUGACAUGGCAACCAGUAUUGACCUCUGCUCUCUCACCUGACAGCAAAAAUAUCAAAUACCUCAUUGAAGGGAGAGAACUUCCUGAUGCUGACUGGAGAAAAUUAGCAUCUGGUAUCCAUGGAAACACUCAUCUGCUGAGAAACCUCAGACCACAGAGAGAUUAUGAUUUCCGAGUGAGAGCCGAGAACCAGUUUGGGGUCAGUGAUGCAACAACACCAGCCAUGUUAGAAAGACCAAGACCAGAAGUUGAUGACUUUGUCGACAGUAUGAAAUCAAAGGUACCCCAGUUUAAGAGACCUCCAGAACUUCCAAAAUCAAAACCAUUGAUAGCUGACUUUGGAACAGAUUCAGUCAAGUUGGCAUGGCAACCAGCUUAUGUACCACCUGCAGUAAAGACUGCACCCCCAGUGUCAUACCGAUUGGAAGCCCAAGAACUUCCAGCAACUGAUUGGCUGCCUUUGAGUAGCAGACUAACAGAUACAAGUCAUUAUUUAUCAGACCUCCUGUCAGACAGGGACUAUAAUAUCAGGGUCCGUGCUGAGAAUAAAUAUGGUCUCAGUGAACCUACAGAAUCUAUUUGGAUUCCAAGAGCAAAAGCGUUCCCAGGUGUCCCCAUUUCAAGACCAGAGAUAACAGAAAUGGAACCACACAUGGUCAAAUUACGAUGGGAACGUGUCGAUGUGCCAUCAUUCUCAGCUAAUGACAAAGACCUAAUGUACAUGAUAGAAAUGCAGGCACCACCUGUCAGAGAAUGGUCCACUGUUGCAAGAGACAUACCAGGAACUGUCUAUGUUGUGUCUGACUUAGAACCAGGCCAGGACUAUAAAUUUAGGGUCAGGGCCCGUACUCCGUUGGGUAAGGUCUCUGAGCCUUCACCAGUGACAUCAGUUUACAGAACUGUUGCAACUUCAAUGGCACCAAUUGAUUCAUUUGAACUUGAAGACCAGGAUGUUGACUUUGACGGAAUACGUUUACGAUGGAAUAGAGUGGAAAUACCACCCUACGGUACUGAUGAACAACCUCUUCUCUAUAUGAUUGAGAUGAAUGAACCACCAUUGGAUGAAUGGCGUCCAAUUGUAAGUGGGCUACCGACUACCAGAUACAGGGUGACAGACCUCAUACCAGAUAGAGACUAUCAUUUCAGAGUCCGAGCUCUCAGCUCUUAUGGAGUUAGUCCACCAUCAUACACAUUGCCAGUUUCUUAUCGUAGACCUCUGCCAGGUCCAAGCCGUGUUUUGUCAGAAUAUCCACAAAUUGUGUAUGAUGAAAGUGAUGCACUACAGUUGGCAUGGCAACCUCCAAGGAUCAGCACUACAGAGCCAAUCAGAUACAGAGUUGAACUUCAAGCUCCACCCAGUUUGGCAUGGAAACCAUUGGCUACUGGUAUUCCUGAUACUAGAUAUCCCAUCAGAGGACUUGGACCAAGCAGGGACUACAUGUUCCGAGUGGUUCCAGAAACACGAGCAGGAACCUUGGAACCCUUGCCUCCAGUGUCUCUCACCUCCCUGCCAGCUCCUAGAACUUUCCUUCCAAGUCAACCAGAAAUCCUUGAUUAUAAACCAGACUCUUUCAUGUUGUCAUGGAGACGACCUUAUGUUGACACACACUUACCAAUUAUGUACCGUAUUGAAAUGCAAGAACCUCCAAGUGUGGAUUGGCGCCCUCUGGUGUCUGAUGUUGCAGAUACCCGAUAUCAUGUGACAGGAUUACAACCGAGUAGAGAUUAUAGUUUCAGAAUUGUUCCUUACUCAGGUUCUGAUUACUGGGAACCACUGCCACCUGUUACAAUUACCUCUAUGCCAGUUAAACCAAGGUUCAGACCACACGAACCAACCAUUACUCCCUUUGGAGACGAUUCAAUCAAGUUGUCAUGGAAACCAGCAGAUAUCCCAAUGUAUCCAAGGACACCAGUACCAAUACGUUACAUCGUUGACAUGAGGACACUUCCUAGUUACGACUGGACUCCACUCAUGCGUAACAUCUUGGACACAUCGUAUAUUGUAAAGGGACUAAGUCCACUAAAAGAGUACCAGUUUCGUGUCAGACCUCAGACAGAUUAUGGCAUUGGGGAACCUACAAUGCCUGCUACAUUUUAUAGAAAACCUGUGCCAAUGCUUAGGCGUGAGCCAAUUAUUUCCAACAUCUAUGGUGAUUCUGUUUUGUUAUCAUGGCAACCUGCAGAGAUUCAAGGUGACUUCAAAUUUCCACCAAAGGUGACUUACAGCAUAGAGAUGCAAGACAGACCAGGAGUUGGUCCAUGGACUCCAUUUUUGACUGGUAUCAAUGGAACAAAUUACCAAGUUACUGGACUUCGCCCUGACAGGGAAUACUUCUUCAGGGUCAGAGGUCACGUUGGUGAUGUUUUCGGUGAACCAUCAGCACCAGUGUACCUGACACACAGAGCUGGACCUCCAAAGAUGCCAAAUGAACAGCCCUACAUAUCAGAAAUGAGCCCUAACUCCGUCCAUCUACAAUGGCGAGCUGUUCAGUUACCCUCAAAGAUAACAGAUUAUGCUCCAGUAACAUACAGACUUGAAGUCCAGGAGCUCCCUCGAUCUGACUGGGUAAUCCUUGUCGAUGGUAUACCACACACUGACUUCCAUGUAACAAAUCUACAUCCAGAUCGAGAGUAUAACUUCCGUGUCAGAGCUAUCAACAAGUAUGGUUAUAGUGAGCCUACACCAUUGGUACAAAUUAGAAGGCGUGCAGUUCCACCAAGAAUGCCUAAAGAUGAACCAAUGAUCUAUGACAUUGGUCAUGGCUCACUGAUGUUGUCAUGGAGACCAGCAGAUGUCCCACACUACCUUAGUGAUUCGCCUGUGACAUACACAAUCUAUGUCCAGGAACCUCACUCAACAACCUGGCGUCCAUUAUAUCGAAGGAUACCAUACACAUCAUACCAUGUGACCAACCUUCAUUCAGAUCGUGACUACUGUUUCCGUGUUCAGGCAGAAAAUAUAUAUGGUGUCAGUCAGCCAACUAACACAGUCAGACUGACAAGAUUGUCAGAUUUCAGAUCACCAAUUGAUAUUCCUGAAAUUUCUGAAUUUGACGACACCAGAUCAUCCCUAAUGUUACGUUGGAAACCAAAACAAAUGGCGCCAUUUGCUGGCAAACCAUUGAAAUACCACAUUGAGAGCUGGGAACCAGUUAAACGCACCUGGAGAUCACUUGCCAGAGAUAUACCAGAUACAAGCUACCGUCUGACUGGGUUGUCUCCAGAAAAUGAUUACAUCCUUCGAGUAAGAGCACAGGCAGAAAGUGCAUUGAGUGAACCUUCCUAUCCAAUAUCUACAAGCAGAUAUAGAACAAGGGCACCUAUUACUAGACCACAACUGUAUGAUGUUGAAUCUGACUCUGUCAGGUUGUCAUGGCAACCCUAUGCAGGAACCAUAACUCCAAGGAGAUACAGAUUAGAACUAAGAGAAUCUUCAGUACCAGACUGGCGACCUGUGACAACAGACAUUUAUGGUACUACACACAAAGUGACGGGACUGAAACCUAAACAAGAUUAUGAGUUCCGUGUUCGUGGAAUCACUGAGAAAGGACCAACAGACUAUGUGUAUUCUGUACCUCUACACAGAAGAUCAGUGAUUCCAAGGCUGCCCUUAGCAGGUGUGGAUGUAGUCAAUGUUGACGACGAUUACGUUGACUUAAGUUGGCGAAUGGUUGACAUCCCCGCUUACAGUGCUGAUGACAAGCCACUUGCUUUCCUUAUAGAGGCUCAACAGCUUCCAAGAUAUGACUGGCUUCCUGUUGCUAGCGGAAUAUCAGACACAUCAUACCGUGUGAAGAAUCUACAGAGGAAUCAAGAUUAUGUCUUCAGAAUCCGUGGAGAAUAUCCUUCCGGCCUGUCCCAACCCUCCCAACAUGUCCCUGUUUACCGCAGACCAAUUCGCCCUGGAGUACCUAUUACAAGACCCGAGAUUAUUGAUGAAGACUCAACUAGUGCCAGACUACGUUGGCAGAGAGUUUACACACCACCAUAUCGUCAUAGUGAUCCCAUCAGCUACCAGAUAGAGCAACAGGAAGCUCCUUACAGAAACUGGCGCCCUCUAGCAAGGGGAAUAACCAUGACUGAACAUACAAUUACUGACCUCAUGCCCAAGAAGGAUUACCUGUUCAGAAUUAGGGCAGAGUCACAAAAUGGUGACGUCAGUGCACCAACACCACCAAUAUCAUACUACAAAUCACCAACACCAUCACCCAGAACUCCUAGGAAGACUGUGGAUUAUAAAUUGUUUGAGCAGGAUUAUUCUGUACCGUCCAGAUGCUAUGUUGACCACCUAACGACAUUCAUUCCACCAAGACUGCCAUUAGAUAAACCAGAUAUGACAGAGAAUGGUCCAUCAACUGUAUCCCUGCGAUGGAAACCUGCACAGGUACCAGAAAGAACCAGAGAAAAGUACCCAAUCACAUACAGUAUUGAAGUGAAGAAUCCACCAAAUUUUGAAUGGAGGGAUGUUGAAGCUGGUCUUACUGGUCUUUCACAUACAUUAAAAGAUAUACAUCCUGAGAUUGAUUAUAUGUUCAGAAUCAGGGCCCACAAUGAAUUUGGAAGUAGUGAGGCAACACUUCCUGUUUCUCUAUACAGACCUAUAGAGGUAGAACAGUUUUAUGAUGAUGAAUAUGACUCUGACUAUGAAGUUCCAUUUGUUACCCUUGGAGAUUGUGAAGCUCCUAUUGAAGAAGUCCCACCUAAAUUACCAAUGGAAACACCGCGACUGACAAGCGUGACAGGGGAGAGAGCAAUGUUACACUGGUUGUCUGCCAGGAUACCAGCCUAUGCCAAAAAAGUUCCCAUCACAUACAUUGUGGAGAUUAAAGAAGACAAUAUGCCAGGUUUCUCACACUUCCAGAGUGGAAUUAUUGAUACCAAAUUCCUUCUUGAGGGACUUAAUCCUAAUAUGAGUUACCAGUUUAGAGUAAAGGCAGAAACCCAGUUUGGUUGCAGUGAUCCUACAUUGGCUAUUUCUCUGGAUAGAAAUAAAGACAAAGUAAAAAGACCACUGAUAGACUUAAAAAGAGAGGACCUUGAAAUUCCACAGGCAAAAAUCAGAGAUGCUGCUCCUAAAGGAGUGCCACCUAGGAUGUCGUCCUCCCGACCUCUAAUUACCAAUCACUACGGAGGAAACUUGCUAUUGACGUGGGGUCCUGCACGUGUGCCAUCCUAUGUUAAAGGUUCUUCAUUAAAAUAUAUGGUAGAAAAACGGGAGCCACCACAUUCAACUUGGACAGUUCUCGCUGAUAAUUUAGUAGACAAUGAAUAUGAUGUGACUGGAUUGAACCCAGAACGUGAUUACAUGUUUAGAAUCCGAGCCAAAAACCAGUUUGGUGCUAGUGAUCCCACAAUGCCUUGCAGUGUAAUCAAUGUCAGAGAUGACUAUGUACCCCCAGUAUUCAGCAGAUCACAGUCCCGGGACAGUGGAACACCAAGGAUGUCUCGAAGAUCCUCUAUAGAGAGUCCACUUGUCCUCAGCAGGCAGAUAUCACUUGAUGAAAGUGAUGACAUGUACAGAAGUGGUAUGCCACCAGAAUUUAAAUCAACAGUGGAGGAGUUACAGUAUGGUGUAUUAGGGAAAACAGCCAGAAUCAACCUAGCUGUCAGGGGUUUCCCACUUCCUGUUAUAGAAUGGACAUUCAAGGGAAAUAACUUGUCUGAUAAAAACAAAUAUAAAUCUAUCAUAACACCAAGUGGAGUUAUCACCCUUGACAUAUUUAACCUCUGUUUGGAUGACAUUGGAGAAUAUAAAUGUACAGUGGAAAACGACAAUGGCAUUAAAAUUAUAAUUGUACAACUAGAAUAUGCAGAUGCACCAACAUUUAUUGAACCGACAGAAGACAUGUACCUAGACAGCCACAAGAGUGGUAGGUUUGACUGUAAAGUAGAUGGCAUUCCAUAUCCCAAGAUACGUUGGAUGAAAGAUACCCGACCAAUAACUGAAACCAGCCGAUUGAAGAUACAACAUACCAAACCAAACCAAUGGUCUUUAAGUCUGAAUGAUGUCAUUUCAUUGGAUAGUGGCUUGUACACAUGUGUGGCUGAAAAUGUGGCAGGAAAAUCCAUAUCUUCUUCAAAUCUGUUUGUUGAUGAUGAUAGUGAUAAUGAAGAACUUGAGACAACAACCAAACAAAUAUCUUUCCGUGAGGCUGUGUUUGAAGAUUAUUACUAUCCACUUGAGGAGUUAGGCCGAGGUCGGCAUGGAAUUGUCAGAAGAGUAAUACAGAAAUCAUCUGGAAAGGAAUAUGCAGCUAAAAUGAUCCCAGCAUGCAAUGAGGAACUGAAAUUUUUCUUUGGACAUGAAUUGAACAAUUUACGUCAUAUUAAUAACCAACGUGUUCCAUCCGUAAUUGAUGCUUUCCAGUCGGAGAGACAGUUGGUCAUUGUAAUGGAACUUGUCAAAGGGAGAUCACUGAUAGACCACAUCUUGUCCCAGGACAAAUGGACUGAAAGUGAGGCUGUGAAGUAUGUCAAGCAGCUCUUGGAAGUGCUCAGAAAUAUCCAUGCAUCAAGCAUUGCUCAUCUUGAUAUCAAGCCAUCAAAUAUUUUCCUCUCAACCCCCGAUUCAGAUCAGAUCAAACUGAUAGACUUCGGACUGUCUCGUCACAUGUCUGUGGAUUAUGAUGUCAAGUUAAACUAUGGCACAGAAGAAUUUACCUCCCCUGAACAGAUUAAAAAUGAAACUGUUUCCUCAGCAUCAGAUAUGUGGAGUGUUGGCAUUCUGACUUAUAUUUUAUUGAGUGGUGUAUCUCCAUUAAGGGGAGACAAUUAUUCUGAAACAUUGAAGAAAGUGAUGGAAGGCAAAAUAAACCCAUUGGAGGAGAAUUUCAAACAUGUGUCAGAGGAUGCUAUAGACUUCUUAGCAGAACUUUUAGUAGUUGAUCCAUGUGAUAGAUUAACAGCUGCUGAAUGUUUACAACAUUCUUGGAUAAAAGAGUCAGCAGAGAAGAGCAACAGUCCACUUGACCUUGGCCCACUUGUUUCAUUCCAAGCUAGUGAUUUAGCACAGAGAAAAGUAUCAAGUUUAAGAAGCAUACCACAGUUACACUGUCUGACAUCUGUUCUUGAGCAAACAGUCCCUGUAACCCCAUUCACAACAUCCAAAGAUAAUGAAUCAGGAAGUCAAACAUACCCUGAUUGUGAAUACUUUGGUGAAUAUGUAGACGAGGAAUCCUGGUAUGACUGGCAAAACAGAUACCACAGAGGUCCAGGGGCUAAAGUUGUGCCACUGACGGAGGCUGAGUACUUAGCAAGAGUCCCUGGAUUGAGGACCACACGCAGGAUGACAGAUGUGGAUGAUGAGGACGUGGAGGCAACAGUCAGACGAAAAACAUCAGUGAUGGAAGCAGAUCGGGAUAUCCAUGAGGAUCCGUGUUUACGUAAAGAAUUACAAUAUGGGGUAGUAGCUGAUGAUGUAAAGCAGAGGAAGAAGGCUUCAAAAGAUCUAUUUCCUAAAGAUGAUACGAAAGAUGAAAAUCCACAGAUUGUGACCAAGUUCCAUGAUCUUGCUUUUACUCCUGGAGAAAAUAUUGUCCUAAGGUGCACUUUGGAUAUUGACGAACCUCCAGCAGUAACGUGGUACAGGAAUGAAGAACUAGUAUCUGAGAGUAGUCGUAUUUAUAUUAAAGUAACAGACAAUGGCACUUUGCUGACAGUUGUCUCUGCUAAACCAUAUGAUUCUGGAAUAUACAAAUGUGUUGUGAGAAGUAAAGGAGGAAAAGCUACUGCAGCUGCUAGAGUCUUGGUUGGAGAUGUUCCUAGUCAGCCAAGCAGACCAGUGGCAACACAAGUAUCAUCAACACAAGCUUUGUUGCUAUGGGAACCUCCAACAACCAAUGGAAACUCUUACAUCACAGGAUACAGAGUUGACUGCAGAAAAACAAAUGAAAAUUCUUGGUUGACUGUUGCACACCCCAUUGAUGAGUGUACAAUUGUAAAAGAUAUGGUGCCCAAUACAUCUUACAGAUUCAGAGUUUGUGCUUUAAACCAGUUUGGUUUCAGUGCUUACAGUGUUGCUUCCCCUGAAAUUGUAACAGCUGAAGAUGGGGAUAAAAUUGUAUUGGAUGAGUACACCAGUGCAAUCCUGGCAAGACAAAGUGGUGUGCAUCUGAUGCCAUCACUGCCAUCUAUUGGUCCAGUACAACUAACCGAGGGAUCCUUCAGUGAAAAAUACCAGCUUACAGAAACAGUUUAUAGUGGAAAAUUUUCUGAAAUUAAAAUUGCAGAGAAUACUUCAACAAAGAGAUCCUAUGCUGCAAAAAUAAUUCCAUGUGACAAAGACAAAAGUUCAACAGAAUUUGAAAUAUUGAAAUUAAUGAACCAUGAAAAAGUCAUCAGAUUGUAUGAUGGAUUCUUAUUCAGUGAGAAGCUUUAUAUCAUCACUGAAUAUUUGUGUGGUGUAAAUGUUUUGCAGCAUUUUGCUUUCAAGUCAAAAUAUUCAGAAGACAUGGUUGCCAUAGUGAUACGUCAGAUUUUGGAAGGUGUGCAAUAUUUACAUCAUGUGGGUGUGGUUCAUUUGAAUCUACAACCAAGCAGUGUGGUUAUGAGAAGCAGACAGCAUUUGGAUGUGAAGAUAUGCGGGUUCAGUCAUGCAAGGAAAGUGUCUGGCAAUGGAGAAGUUGUCCCUUGUGAGGGAUAUCCCGAUUUCAUUGCUCCUGAAGUUGUGACAAGGAAGAUAACUUCAUAUUCAGCUGAUAUUUGGACUGUUGGUGUCCUCAGUUUUCUUCUACUUAGUGGCGACUCACCCUUCAGAGCCUCAAGUGUAGAAGAGACAUAUUUUAACAUAGCAUACAGUCGAUAUGAUGCCCAUUCAUUGUAUGACAAUAUAACAAGAGAUGCUCUUAGGUUUAUGAACAGGAUAAUGAAAAGAAUACCAAAUAAUCGUAUGUCUGUGGAAGAUUGUUUAGAAGACAAAUGGUUACAGGUUGCAGACACAACAGUAAAGGCUAGACAGGAAGCUGUAUUCACCACUGCUAAACUGAGGUCAUUUGCUGACCUUUACAGAGAGAGAGGAAUUCUAGGAAUAUGGAUGCCAGAGGAGCUACCAGAAACGGAAAAAGAAAUUGAUGAAUUUACAGUUAAAAAAGAAAAGAAAACCGAAGUACCUACAAAGACCGAAACAGAGCAAACAUCAGAGGCGAAGGAAAAUAUCAAAACUGAAACACAAAAAGAUGACAGCCAAGUGAUAUCACAAGAGAACAAUAGCCCUGUGAUGUCAGAAAAAAAUGAUGACAUAAUUGAGUCACAACAAAAUGCUAUUGAUAAAGUAGCUGAAACCAUGGUAACAGAAGCCCUUGAAGAUGCAUUUAAAAGCAAAGAAUUAAAUUAAAAGCACUUCUGACAUUAGAUAUUGACAUUAAAGUGUCAUAGAACAAAUGGUUUAAAUAUGUAUGUUCUUGUCUCUGCAAACCUACUGCCCAAGAACAAGCAUCUAAAAUUAAUUUAUGUUUCUUGAGAUAAAUUUUUCCACUUUAGACAGGGUUAAUCUAAUUAAAUUACAUGUUAAUUAUUAUUGGCUUGCUUAUUACAAGAUUUGUCCUGUGGGUCUGAUACAUGUUUGUGGAGAUGAGAAAGUGCAAAUAUUAAACACCAUGUUGACAAAUAGAUACUUCAGGGCGAAUUUUUUUUUUGUGUUUACUUAAUUUUUAGAAUCGUUUACAUUCAAUAGUACGUCUAUAUGUAAUAAUGCAUAUUAAAACAUUUUAUCAAAGUAUUUUAAUUACAUACUGUAUCUGAAGUUUACCAGGGAAAUAUGAAGUUUAUAGGAGUGAAGGGGUUGAUAAUAGAUAUGGAUUUUAUGUCCUGGACUUAACAGUGAUCAUGUGAACAGUUAUGGUAUGGAUUCCUUAAUACCCUGCUUUUUUAGAAGUUUGCUGUAGAAAGUUUUUAGGCUCAUUCAUCUCAUUUUAUACACACUUAGUCUGAAUAUGAUGUAGAAACAAGAUUCUUAGACACAAUCAUGUCACUAGAAAAUUAAUAUCAUCUCAAUUGUUACUUUUCAUGUAUUUAUAUAUCUCUGUGUAUUGCUAAUAUUUUCGUCAAAAACACAGCCUACGACUAUCACUAAAAUUUUCUUGUUUUCCUCUCGUUAAUGGAAGGGAGGGAUUUAAAAUUAAAAAGAGGACAUGAAGUAGGAAAAUCAUCCAAGUAAAUUAAGAACAAAAUAUGGUUUUAAUCUACCAGUGAUUACUUGACAAGCUCUAAAAACAAAUCUGCCUUGUUUUAGGAGUGAUUAUAAGAGAGGUACAACUAACUUUAAAGUAACUCUGUAUGUUUAAUUAUUAUAAAAUCAAAUUGUAAGGUUGGUUGUUUAAGGUAUUUAUUACAUGUAUUACUAACUUAAGGUAGCUGUGUUUUUUAUAAAACAUUAGUAAUACAAAUUUUACGAUUUAAUUCUGUGAUUUCUUAUUCUGUCAUUAGAAUUUGGAAAGUUUUGUCUGUGAUCUAGGAUUAAGAAAACUUAAUUUAUAUUUAUAAUCCACAAUAUGUGUGUAUUUUAAAAUGUAUAUUACUUAAUUAUUUAUUGUUACGAGUUAGUUAGUGUAUUGGUUAAUUAUUAUUACUGGAGAACUUAUGACUUGCAAAACAUAUUCAUAAAUGAUCAUCGUUUGUAUUGUUUCACCAAUAUUUCUGGUGUUACAUAAUUGCAUGAUAUGACAGUCGUUCCUUUUGUGCGACAUUAUUGCACGGAAACAUAUUGCACCAGCGUCUUUGUUGAUAUACCGUGUAUGAUAUAAGAUCUGUAUCUUUGGCAUUGUAUCAUUGCUCUGGAAAAAAGUUCUGAUGUAACACCAGUGUUUGCAAUGUAACUGGACUGUCCAUUUUAAUUACAUUAUUUGAUGUGACAUUAUUGUAUUUGUACAUCAUUUGCCAUAAUAUGUAACAAUCAUUUCAGAAAGGUUUACUUUACAGUGUUAAAAGUGUUAUCCCAAAACAAUGUUAAUACUUUUAUGUCCUGUUUUGCUUUAAUUUCCUUGACUUGAAGUGUAAAAAAUUAUGAAGAUUUCCUCAGGACGUUAUAGAGAAGGACAUGAGGAGAUCCCCAUUUGGACAGGUGAAAAGAAUUUAAAAAAAGGUUUACCUAAUGUAAAAAAAAACAUCUUAAAAUAAGCUGGUCUUAAAUACAAUUUACCUGAGUAUAAAGAUACUUUGUGGUACUGAUAAAUGUGUGACAAUUUUGUGCAAAUGUUUUUGAUGGAACUAGGCUUUAAGAUCUUAGAACUUGUUGUCAAGUCUUGAAGAAUUAAACACUGUAUUUAGAUAUACCAUUGAAAUUAAUUUUUUUCCAAGAUCAAUAUAAGUUGCAUGUCCAAUUCGUCCCAUAUUUAUUUGGAUAGUUUGAUUAAGACUUUAUUGAUCAUAUUUGAGUGACAUAUAGUCUAUGGCACCACAUAAACAGAGCUCCUUAAAACAAUGAAAAAUGACAAUGCCAACUGGCCUAGCCUCUUUCUAAAGUAUUCUUAAGUACAACCAUACCAUUUGAACUUUCAUUGGUAUAUUUAGACAUGCUGUUUGUCCUUCUCUGAACAUUGUAGUAGCGCUUACACCGCCGUAUUUCUAUGAUUAUCAUGUUUGUUUUAAUUAGUGAUACUAUUAUUUAUUAAAACACAACCAAACCAUA